UUCAACAUAACUGGAGGCGGAGUCAGACGAUAAAGAGCAGCCGGCUGAAGGGAAGCUGUGAGUGUAGCAAGGUUCUCCUUCCGCCGUCCGUAUGUGCAGAGAGCAGUCUGAUAUCGCUGGGAGGAAAAUGUCGUGCGGGCUGUGGAAAGAGACCCUGGCCCUGGCAGAGGACUACCUGUUCCUGUGCUGCAACAGCCCCCGGCCAGCCCCUCCACCUCCCAGCGAGUCAGCCACUGCCAUGAGGCGCCUGGCCCAGGACAUGGAGGCGCAGCACCAGGCUCGCUUUCACUCCCUCGCGCAGACCUUCUUGAGGCAGUGCGGGCCGGACCCCUGCUCCGGCCUCAGGAAGGUGAUGGAGGAGCUGGUGGGGGACGGACACUUGAACUGGGGGAGGGUUGUUUCCCUUUUCACCUUCACUGGGGUGCUGGCCAGACAGCUCCUGGAGCAGAAGGGCACGAAGCCGGGGCUGGACCCUGGGCAGGGGCAGGAACACGGACAGGAAUCUGGAAACUGCAGGGGACUGGCAGAGACCAUAGCUGAUUACCUGGGAGAGGAGAAGAGAGACUGGAUGCUGGAGAAUGAUGGAUGGGAGGGGUUCUGUAAGUUCUCCCGCAGUGCCAGAGAAGUGAGUCUGGAUUCGUCCAUGAAGAAAGCGCUGUUUGCAGCUGCUGGCGUUGGCCUCGCUGGACUCACCUUCCUCCUGGUGCGCUAGCUGGCCUUCCUGAAACACAUGCUAACGUGAUAGCUCAUCCAUGUUCUCCUCCUUUUAUUUGGCACAGUUACGUAGACAUUUUAAAUUCUAAUGUCAAUGCUGUAAAAACAGUGAAUUCAGGGUUGUAAUCUCAUCAAAUUCAUCAACUGAAUGUUUGCACAUCCUCCAACCCCACGCACACAUGCAUUUAAUACUGACAUUUUGUCACUUGCUCCUUAAGAUUGUAAAAAUGAUCUCAAUGCCUUCAGAAAUUUUGGAGUAAGUGACCUCAGUUUGCAUAUCUUAGACAGGUUAAUUAGCAAUUGUUCGGAGUCCUCUUGUUUUCUAAGCUUGUAUUUUCAGCUGUGUAGCUAAAAGACUUUCAGAUUUCAAAUUUCCCAACAGCUUCUGGUUUUGGUUUUAAAAUUGUCUGCUGCCUUUUGUUCACGUGUUUACCUGAGUUGUGUAUGUGGUCUAGAGCCAUUCUAGUGUACAAUGUAUAAAUUAAUAUAUUAUAUUUAUAUGAAAUGAAACUGAUCCACAGCUAAUUCAGUUGUUUCAUUGUUUUCAAGUCUGUCCUACAUCCAUGUGAUGUUUACACAGGCUAUAUCCAGGGCUGAUGACCACACGGUGCUAAGAUAUGUUGAAAUCUUUCUCAUAUCAUUCCAACAAACCAGGGACCAAUCUGACUUAGAACAAACCUAUUGCCCCCCCUCCCCCCA